UCUCGCAAACACAACCAUUCCAGAGACGAUCAUAGGAUACCAAACUUUCAAAAUCUAAUACAUUUAAGUAAUUUAUCAUGAACGCAUACAUCUUCAGAAACUUCCCAAUAGCAACAGUUGCUUUUGGAAAUGGUUUCCAACCCACGAAUUCUGAACAAUUAAAAGAAAAUAUAACUUUACUAAAAAGCAAAGCUUCCCUACUUUCUCAAGGCGUGGAGAUUGGGCAAAAAUAUUCCCCGAACUUGAAAGCAGCUGCAGUAUUUGCUGGAAAACUUGUCACCAUCGUAAACAUUGUUAUUGCCAUUGUUGGAGAAGUUGACAAGCUCUACAAGGAAUUAAAGAAGAUAGAAGGAAAGAUUUUUAAUGCUAUUUUUGAAGGAAAACUACAAGCGUUGAAUAGAAACUUGAAAAACCUACUAGACUCUAGAACCCCGGAAAUCCAAAAGAUUGCUGAAAUUGUCUCUGCCGUUGCAAAUUUGGAUGAAUUAUUGCCAAUAUUUGCAAAUGAAGAUUCCAUCUUUCGCCAACGUUAUUACUAUGGGGCCCCUUUGUUUCUUAACCUAUGCGCCAUUCUAAAAGCAGUUUGCUUGAUCGCAGAAUACACGCCCGACUACAAUACUGCCAAUCUGCACAGUUUGAAACAAGGCUACCAAAAUGUACUGGAUUGGUAUAGAAUUAAAUGUAUUGGAGGCAGGAUGGCGUCAUGUUAUGUACAACAAAUGUUACCACUACCAUUUGAUAAUGAACAUGAUUGGCUCGGCCUUUAUAACGUGUACCCGAAGUACUAUAAACACAGAUCAUUUUUUUUCGCCUGGAGGAAAUAUGGAGAAAAUUUGGGUGGCACAGGGUGGCGACUGUGGUUCCGAAGGUUUGCGUAUUACAAUCUUAUUGACACUUGGGAUAUCAGGCGUUAUGAAGAGGUUAAAUUCGAACCUUUUAUACUACUAGUAGCAGGAGGAAUAUUCGGUGCCUAUGACAGUGACGAACCGUAUCGUGCAGUCUUGGCGGAAUAUCGGCAACGUGUGGAGCGCGUUAUGCUGGAUUUCUUCAAUGAGUUUGAUUUAAUGUGAAAUUACUUAUUGAUUAGUCUAGAUUAUAUGCUUAAACUAAUGCUGUUUCAGAACCGGAUAUGAAAUAAUAGUUCAAUUGAGACAAAAUUUAUAAUUUAAAUUAAUUUAAAUAAAGAAACUUUCAAUGUGCAGUGUUGAUUUAGCCCGAGUCAGGUAUCAGGCCGACUGUAUAUUUUAUAUCAAGUUUUUAAGGAACCGAGUUAUUUCUACCAAAUUCUACACACCGGGGGGUUGUAUAUUUAGUCGUUCCAAACACUUACGUAUUCAAACUCAUAUUUAGUAUAUACGGGUCAUUUCUACCAAGCAUACCACAUUUCAACUCAUUCGUGUUAGGGACACUCCCACCAGGCAAGGAGCUGGUGGAGGUGUUUACUUUAUAAAUUUUUUUUUUCUGCGAUAUUUCUACGAUAUUUCUACGAUUAUGUGUAAGGUUAGAGUCUUAUAUGUUCGACUCCUAUGAAGUCAGCUUUUUAUGAGAUUUCUGAUUGUAAGAUAUACAUGAACUCUGCGAAUACAUUACUUUACUAAACUGAAUAAAGUUUUAGAAACCAA